GAAACGCGCUUGCCGUAAAGUGUGGCGUUGGUGUUUAGAAUGAGGAGGUACCUGCCUGACUUCGAGCAGUCAUCUGUCAAUUGUAUCUACGUGUCAGGCUGUUGUUGACUAACAGAGCAGCGUCACAAUGUCCAAACCCACUCUUCUCAUCCUGUAUGGGAGCCAGACUGGGACUGCCCAGGACACAGCCCAGAGGAUUGCACGACAGGCGAAGAGAAAGUGGCUGCAAGUUCAAGUGUUGCCUCUGGAUAGCUACAACGUGGCCAACUUGAUCUCAGAGUCUCUGGUUGUUUUCGUGUGUGCCACCACUGGCCAAGGGGACCCUCCAGACAAUAUGAAGAACUUCUGGAGGUUUCUUUUCAAGAAAUCUCUACCUGUUGGAUCUCUGAAUCGUCUGGACUGUGCUGUACUGGGCCUGGGGGACUCCUCCUAUCCAAAGUUCAAUUUUGUGGCUAAGAAGCUUCAUAAGCGCCUUCUGCAGCUGGGUGCCAGUAUACUGCUGCCUGUUGGGCUGGCAGAUGACCAACAUGACCUUGGGUCAGAUGCUGUGAUUGAUCCUUGGCUUACAGCAUUUUGGGAGAAAGUGUUUGCCCUGUACCCAUCUUUGGCUGAUGUGAUACCACUCAGGGAAGAUGAACCACUUCCUCCAACGUACACUUUCCACUUCCUGGAUGAUGUGAAAGAGGAGACAGAUGACAAGCUGAGGAUAUCCACAGAGCAAACUGUACACUCCCAGUCUCAUUCCUUCCCUGCCAGACUGGUUUCCAAUAGGAGAGUAACAGACCUGUCACACUUCCAGGAUGUGAGGCACAUAGAGUUUGACAUCACUGGAUCCAGUAUCGAGUUUGGUGCUGGUGACGUGGUGAGUAUGCGUCCUUGCAACACACUAGAAGACGUACAACAAUUCUGUCAACUGCUGAGAUUAAAUCCAGAGGUCAGAUUCACUCUCAGGGCCGCAGACAACACUGCAGUUCCGGCCAGGCUUCCUCAGCCCUGCACUGUGCAACAACUUGUGGAGAGCUAUUUGGACAUCGCAGCUGUACCCCGCCGUUCCUUCUUUGAGCUGCUGUCUACCUUCGCCACCAAUGAGCUGGAGCGGGAUAAGCUGGUUGAGUUCAGCUCAGCGGCAGGCCAGGCCGAGCUGCACAGCUACUGCAACCUGCCCCGCCGCACCGCACUGGAGGUCUUGGCAGAUUUCCCCCACACUACAGCAGAAAUCAAAGCAGACCAUCUCCUGGAUCUUUUCCCUGAGAUCCAGCCUCGCUCAUUCUCCAUCGCUUCUUCUCUCCAGGCUCACCCACACAGGCUUCAAAUCCUGGUAGCUGUUGUCCGGUACAAAAGCAAGUUGUAUAAACCAAGAAAAGGCCUCUGCUCCACCUGGUUAGCCUCCCUGGACCCUGCACAAGGGGAGGUGUUUGUGCCUCUGUGGGUGAAGAAGGGAAGUAUGAAGUUCCCUAAAGAGACGGACACCCCUGUGAUAAUGGUUGGACCUGGAACAGGAGUGGCACCGUUCAGGUCAGCUUUACAAGAGAGGAUUGCUGAAGGAAAAACUGCCAACGUCCUGUUCUUUGGAUGUCGCUCGGAGUCAAAAGACUUCUACUUCAGGUCAGAGUGGGAGGAGAUGAUGAGGGCCGGACACCUGACCCUUUUCACAGCCUUCUCACGAGACCAGGAGGAAAAAGUGUAUGUCCAGCAUCGUGUGAAGGAGAACGCUGGGCUCCUGUGGGACCUGAUUGCGAAUAAAAGUGCCUGCUUUUACAUCGCUGGCAAUGCUAAACAGAUGCCAGCCAGUGUGAGUGACGCUUUGAAGGAGGUGUUCCAGCAGGAAGGAGGCAUGUCCGCCGAGGAAGCCGAGGAAAUGUUUGCGGCCAUGGAGAGGACAGGCCGACUCCAGAGCGAGACUUGGUCCUGAUGACAUGAUUUCAACCCACCGCUCCUCAAAGUUCACAUUCAGCUGCUGCUGCCAUGUUGACUGCGUUAUACAGUUACCGCUUUGGAAAGUGUAAUCAAGGUGGUUUCAUUCAUGUUCAUAUUUGUGCAUGAAAGUUUGUUCUUGACUUUUGGGAACAAUAUUGUGUCAAACUAAAUUAAGCUAAAUGGUCCACUUCCAGCUUCUUUUCAGCUUUCAACCACAUCCCACUGAGGUGUUUGUACUGAGACGCUGGAGUUAACACCACAGCCUCCCCACUGGCUAGCAGAAUACACGCUCUCCUUGGUCCUGCUGGCCCUGAAAUACAUUAUUACAGGCUGCCGAGGUAGUCUCACUUAAGAUAGUCAAAGAAAUUGGUCAAUAUGCCAGACACGUGUGAAAAAGCUGCACACACAUAGCAACCCAAACCCAGAGUUGAAGGACUAGUUUGACAUUUGGGAAAUACACUUAUUUGCUUCCUUGAGAGUUAGAUGAGAAGACUGAUACCACUCUCUUGUCUAGUUGUCACUUUAACAUUGCCAGGCAACCGGCAAAAACUCCAGGAAGUCACUGGGUCCACCAAGAAAUAGUCUGGCACACAACCCCUUGGUAAACCACAACUUGUUCUUUUGUUGGUUGGUUCUUUUGGUUUUUGUACUGUUGAAAUAAACAUUAUAUAACAUGUUAAUU